ACUCAAUUUUGGGAGGCUAAAGCUGAAGUCUGCAGGAUGUUUCGCAGUGAGGAGAUGUGUCUGGUGCAGCUUUUCUUCCAGACUGAAUCUGCUCACACCUGCAUCAACGAGCUCGGCCUUCUGGGGCUUGUCCAGUUCAGAGACUUGAAUCCAGGUGCAGCGGCCUUUCAGAGAAGGUUUGUGAAGGAGGUGAGGAAAUGUGAAGAGAUGGAACGAAUCCUUCGAUUUCUUGAAGCAGAAAUCACUCGGUGCAAUAUUCCAGUCUCAGUGACAGUAGACAGUGUGGGGGUCUCCUGUCCGCGAGAGCUGCUGGAGCUAGAGUGUAAAAUUAAGAAGCUGGAGGAGGAGCUGAAAGAGAUCAACGGGAAUCAUGAUGUUUUAAAGCGAAACUUUAUUGAACUACUGGAGAUCAGAUCUCUGCUCAAGGUGUCCACAGACUUCUUUGAGGAGGCGGAGCCCCCUUCCUGUUCUGAGCUUCCGUCUGAAGAUUCUGUCUCUAUAGCAGCUUCAUCGCGCACACUUGGCCGCAGGAACAGCAGCUUCAGUACCAAUGGACCACAGAAGCUUGUGUUUAUUGCUGGAGUCAUUAAGCAGGAUCGAUUUCCCGCCUUUGAGAAAGUCCUGUGGCGUCUUUUUCACGAAAACUUUAUCCUGCGUCAUGCAGAGAUUCAAGAUACUGAGCAGCAGACAGAGGACAGAAGAAUGAAGAAAGAUGCGUUUGUUAUUUUUGUCCAGGGAGAUCAAGUGCAGGGAAAAAUUAAAAAAAUCUGCAACGGUUUUCGUGCUAAUCUGUACCCAUGUCCCAACAACUUCCAUGCACGAGAGGAGAUGAGGUUAAACGUACACACUCGAAUCGAAGACCUGCGAAUGGUUCUGAGGAGAACAGAAGAAUUUAAAGUCACAGUUUUAACCAAAGCAGCUGGCACUAUUCACCAGUGGGUCACUAAAGUGAAGAAAAUGAAAGCCAUCUAUUACACACUCAACCUGUGUAACAUAGAUAUCACCCAGAAGCUGAUAGUCGCGGAGAUCUGGUGUCCAGUUUCAGAUUUAAACUCUGUCCAGAAUGCUCUGAUCAAGGGCUCAGAGCAAAGCGGUUCCACUGUUAGUCCGGUCCUGAAUCGGAUUCAAACCCAGCAAAUUCCCCCAACCUUCAACAGGACCAAUGAGUUUACUAAAGGAUUCCAGACCAUUGUUGAUGCUUAUGGAGUUAGUAACUACCGUGAGAUCAAUCCAGCGCCCUACACUAUAAUAACCUUCCCCUUCCUGUUUGCGGUGAUGUUUGGAGAUUGUGGACACGGGAUUAUUCUGACACUGCUGGCAAUUUGGGUGAUAAAGCAGCAGGAGCAGCUGAGCCGGUGGAAGAGUGAGUUUGUGGAUGUUCUGGUGGGCGGACGCUUUAUCAUCCUGCUGAUGGGCCUGUUCUCCAUUUACACUGGCCUGAUCUAUAACGACUGUUUCUCCAAAUCCUUUAGCAUUUGUCGCUCGUCAUGGCGUGUCCGGCACAUGUUCCAGCCCGGCGGACCCUGGAGCAAUAAAACUCUGCAUGAUUUUGGUCAUCUCCAUCUGGACCCGGAGAUCCCCGGAGUUUACUCUGGCUCUCCGUAUAUUUUCGGUAUUGACCCGGUGUGGAAUAUAGCGUCAAAUAAGCUUUCCUUCUUGAAUUCAUAUAAGAUGAAGAUGUCUGUGAUUUUGGGGGUCAGUCAUAUGCUCUUUGGGAUGGCCCUCAGUUUGGUGAACUACUUGCAUUUCAGAAACUUCCAGAAUGUCCUGCUGCGGUUUGUCCCAGAGCUGGUCUUCAUGCUUUCUCUUUUCGGAUACCUGCUCUUCCUCAUCCUCUUUAAAUGGACUGUCCGGCUACGAUCAGAAACUGCUCCCAGCAUCCUCCUGAUCUUCAUUAAUAUGAUGCUCUUCAGCUACCAAACUGAUGAUAAAUUCCUCUACAGCGGACAGAAAGCGCUGCAGAUGUUUCUGGUUCUCCAGGCUCUCCUCAUGGUUCCAGUGAUGCUGCUGAUAAAGCCGCUGCUCAUUUACAGACACAGAGUUCAACUCCAGCAGCAGGCUGACGCAGGCGAUAAGAUGGGGAAUCGGACAGAUGAGGUUAGCAUGGGUGAUAUUUUUGCAUAUCAGGCCAUCCACACUAUCGAGCACUGUCUGGGCUGCAUCUCCAACACAGCCUCUUACCUGAGGCUUUGGGCCCUCAGCCUCGCGCAUGCGGAGUUGUCGGAGGUGUUAUGGAGAAUGCUACUGCGGGGGACUCUGGGGUGCCAUCCCGGUUUGGGUUCAUUGCUGCUGGCGUUGGUGUUUUCCUGCUUUGCUCUGUUGACAUUUGCUGUAUUGAUUGUCAUGGAGGGGCUUUCUGCAUUCCUGCAUGCUUUGCGCCUGCACUGGAUUGAAUUUCAGAACAAGUUUUACCAGGGAGCCGGAUUCAAGUUCACUCCGUUAUCAUUCACCAGCCUGUGAAAAACACAGCCAUGACACAUUUUUACAUUUUACAGAAAACUAAGCACAAUCGUGACUCUUCAUACAAAUAGUUACAUUUUACAGUGAAGACUGCAGGGGCUUGUGCUUAUAUUAUGAAUUUCCACCUAGUGUAUUAUUUUUAUUGUUAUUAUUAUUAAUAAUGAUAAUGUUGUUGUUGAAGCUAAGGCUUCAUACGGUUAACAAUGUAGUAGAAAUAUGCUCACUUUAAACAUUAUUUCAAAUGAAUUAAGCAGCUGUGAAGUAUUUUCUACUACACGUCUAGCUAGAAAGCAACUGUAGAAGAAUCAGUUUGAAUUGAUUCAUGUUUAUCUUGGGAAUAUGCCUCUGACUAGUGGAUCAGAUCUGAGAGGUUUUUAAAUACAACUUAAGAACAAAAUGUGCACUUUUUUGAUUAUUCUUAUUUAAAUAAAUAAUCUUUAAUUUGCCCUUAAAACGCUUAUGAGGGGGAAGGUGUCAUUUAUUCUGAUUAUCCCAAAAAUUACUUGACAAAUAAAGAAUCACCUUUUAUUAGGAAUAAAUAAUGUUUUAUUAAAUAUUGUUAACAUUUACAGAAGACAGUAGCUGUCAAUAGCAAACAUAGCACACAAAUUACAAAUGCAUUACAGUGAAAAUCUUCAUUAAGACUGUGUUAAAAACUUUACAUUUUAAAUUGUAAAUGGUGUAGAGACGUUGGCAAUGCUCACAUUCGCAUGGUUGAGGCAGAAGCUCCCUGUUGUGGACUAUUUUUUGACAGACUUCUCCAAGUGAUUAAAAAAAAUUAAAUGAAAAAUGAUGAAAUAAUAAAUAAUAUACCAUAA